CGCCCACAGCUACCUGGGAACGUCCAUCAUGGCCUCCCCUAGCAUGGAAUCCUAUUGAGGCUGUCUCCGGUCACAGUCUCCUGUCUUGUCGGGUGUGUUGCUGAGACGGGAAGGAUGGCAGGGCUCCUCUUUGGGAGUGCCAGCAGGAUCCUGUGGGAUUGGGUGCCCCUGGCUUGUAGAAGCUUCUCUCUGGGUAUUGCUGGAAUGUCCCGUGUGAGGCUCACCCUGCCGCCCCCAAAAACAGUGGAUCGUUGGAACGAGAAGAGGGCCCUGUUUGGAGUGUAUGAUAAUAUCGGCAUCCUGGGUGACUUUGAGAAGCACCCAAAGGAGCUGAUCCGGGGGCCCCGGUGGCUUCGAGGCUGGAAGGGGAACGAAUUGCAGCGUUGCAUCCGAAAGAAGAAAAUGGUUGGGAGUCGCAUGUUCGCCGAUGACCUGCACAAUCUGAACAAACGGAUCAGGUACCUGUACAAGCACUUCAACCGGCAUGGGAAGCACCGGUAGGAGCGAGCGCGGAGCCGGGAGGCGUGCAAGCACCCUGGAGAAGCAGGACUGCCUUUGCCCCAUGAGGAAAGAGCUGCUGCUGUGCUCUGUAAUAAAAUGGAGUUCCUUUGGAA